GAGUUUCUUCAGUGUGAGGAGCAGCUGCUGCAGGGCCACUGCUGGCUUCCAUUCAUUACCAUACAUUCGCUUGUGUCCAUCACCGCAUGAGUAGACGCGUUCAUCUUAUGCCUAAAAGAGAUUCCUGAUCACACUGAUUCAUCGCUAAUGUGGACGAGCGCCGGGAGAGACUAAACGCCAAACCGUCAGGAGGUAUUUUUUCUGCAGUUUGUGGUGGGAAUGCUGAUGUGAGCUGUUACUGCGGAGACUCUCCGCUUAUAGAGGAGUGUUUACCGAGCUGAUCUCAGGCGCACUGCAAUGAUCGCUUCAUCACAUCCAGUCUGAAUUUGGUCGAAUCGCUGGUGCCGAGGGGACUGGAUUGGGUUUACCCCUGCUAACGAGGAGAUCAAAAUGGGGAACAGUUUCUCCAACAUAUCUGCGUUUCAGUCCCUCCAUAUAGUGAUGCUUGGCUUGGACUCCGCAGGGAAAACCACGGUCCUUUACAGACUGAAAUUCAACGAGUUUGUCAACACCGUGCCUACAAUAGGAUUCAACACGGAAAAAAUCAAGCUGAGUAACGGCACUGCCAAAGGAAUAAGCUGUCAUUUUUGGGACGUUGGUGGCCAGGAGAAACUCCGGCCCUUGUGGAAAUCUUACAGUAGGUGCACGGAUGGCAUUAUUUAUGUAGUGGACUCUGUAGACGUGGAUCGACUGGAGGAGGCCAAGACGGAGCUGCAUAAAGUCACCAAAUUCGCUGAAAACCAAGGAACGCCGCUCUUAGUCAUAGCUAAUAAACAGGACCUGCCGAAAUCUCUGUCUGUGGCGGAUAUAGAGAAACAGCUGGCGCUCCAGGAGCUCACGCCUGCCACCACGUACCACAUCCAGCCGGCCUGUGCCAUCAUCGGCGAGGGGCUUCACGAAGGCAUGGACAAACUGUACGAAAUGAUAGUCAAACGACGAAAAAGCCUCAAGCAGAAGAAAAAGCGAUAACUC